AGCAUCUGACGCUUCUCGGGGCAGUCCUGUUGAUUGCAGUGUUGCCGUGCGAUUCCACGUCAUCGCGGUCCUUACUUCAGUUUUUUUGGUCACAAGCCGUCUUGCCUUUCCAUCUUUUUCAUCUCGCCCGUGGGGAUUGUGGCUUUCUUCAUUUCAAUGCCAAAUCAUGCCUGAAGAAAAGCAGGGGUUCCGCAGCUUUUUAUCACAAGCUCUCCGGCCCAAGAAAUCCCGCCAAGUGCUGCGCAAAAAGAGCUUUAGCGCCUCGUCGACCAACCUCUCCACCACCACCACCACCACCUUGACCAAAGACAACGAUGUCCCUCCUGUUCCCUCGUUGGCGCCUCUUGCGGCCCAUAAUGUCAAAUACCGCCAAGUACACGCCCAGCAGGAUACCCAAUUAGGCGAGGCGCACGAUCAUACAGCCAUCAUCCAUGCCAUUGGCGUACAGAAUUUCGACACCGACAGCGAUGGGGAUGCCCUCUUCGUUCGCGACAACCGGCCACCUGGCGAACCCCUCAUCGCGAGCCUGGCCGAAGACCUAUGGGUUUUAAUCUCCGAGUACCUCUCUCCUACGGACGCCGCCCAGCUCGCCUUUGCUAGUAGAACUCUCUAUAACCGUCUCGGCCCGUAUCCCUGGCGCACUCUGAGCCAGCCCGAGCAUACCGAUGACCGCGCCGACUUCCUUGUCUCCCAGGACAAGUUCUACCCCCACCAUCUCCUCUGCUUCCCCUGCGGCCAAUUUCACCGUCGGACCCAAGAAGGCCACGAGACUCUACAGCCGGCGAACGUCCUAAACCCGCUCUUCGACUGCCCCAAUGCCCGCAACAACCUCCGUCCUCCUCCGCGCCACCGCAUUACCCAUGGCCGCAAUAUCCCUUUCGCCUUCGUCCAGCUAGCUACUCGACCAGUUCGCUUCAAAUCCCCCACCUACGGCCUCUCGGACCCUACAUCCCUUAGUCGCCGAUGGCGCCGCGACGGCUGGUCUCACCAAUCCCGCUUCCUUGUUGACCACGGCCGCCUCCUCAUGCGGGUGACGUCGUCCACGUUCGCGGAACCAGGACUCCCGCCCUCUUCGCAACGGCUCCUUCUCUACUCCCGCGAUGACUACUGGCCUUACUUCUCCGCUUGCGCCCACUGGCGCGAUGGAGACCUCAUGUCUGCCACAAAAUGCGCCCUCAAGCACAUCCCAGUUUCCCGCCGCACAGGGGGUCUCCAAGGCCUCGAACACCGUGCGAAGGACAUGUACCAUAGCCACACGCACGACCCGAAUGCUAUCGCCACUCUAUGCAGCCACUGCCGCCCCAUGCGGCGCUGCCCCGACUGUCCAUCGGAGUACUUGAUUGAGGUUAAACUCACCGAGCAGCGCGAAGCAGGCGUGAAAUCACGAUUUAAACAUGCUAUUGUCAUUACGCGCUGGUGUGAUCUUGGCGACGGGACCAGUCCGCGGUUAUCGAAGGAGUGGGCGGCUUGUAACGGGGAGUUGCAAGGGUAUGACUCUUUCAAAGUGUUGGGGAAACGAGCAAUAUCCGGGAUUUUUGAAUCAGCAUUCACAGAUGAUACAAUUCCGGGACAAAGGAUUAUCUCCAUGAAUCCAACGGGGAAGAGACUUGGAGAGGAGGGUACUAGUUGGUAUUGAUCUACCCAACCUCUAUCUUGCCUUUGGGGUCCAGGGUGUCAAUCUAUCUUUGUUUUACAUGGCGUAGGAUAUGGUAUUGGAGGAGGGGAUCUGGCGUUUGUGGGGACAGCAAAUCCUUUAAUAAUUUUGAUGGCUUCAUCGCAGGCUUAGAGAAAAAGAAUGGAUAUCUUGAUAUAAACUAUGCGAGAACAAAGGGACUUGCUCGAUUGAUCGUAAAAUUACCCUUCCUCACUCGAGCGAAGGCGUUAAGAUAAAGGAACACCUAUGCUAAUUA